UCCUAAAGCCUCGAGCCGAUCAGAUCUUGUGUAGCACUCUCUGAUGACGGCCAAUAUGGCGCAAGAGCAACAGACCGCCGAUCCAGAGGAUACACGAAGAGGACACACUUCCGUCUCAUCUUCCACUGCAGCGCCCUCGCGGCGGAAGAAGUUUGUCACCGGGUUCUUGCCGAAUCAAGCUGAUGUCGCGGCACACAAUUGUCACGAAAUUGGCGCAACCGGCUCUGAGAAUUAUGCCCCCGCUGUGAAGAAUGCCGAGGCAGAAAGCGCUGCACCUCUGUAUGCCGACAUCCCCUUGGACGGUUUGGAAGGGGAUGAAGACUUCUGUGCAGCUGAAGAUGUUGAUUUUGUCGACGAGGG